AGAACGCAUCGUAUCGUAUCGUUGUCUGUCUGUCUUGUGAGUGAGCAGUGAAACGAGUGAACUGAUUGCAAUUUGAUAAAAUUAUCAAGUUGUAUUUUGAGAAUGUGAAUAAACAGUGAUUUCUAUCUUACAAUCAAUCAAAAUGUAUCUGAAAAUGGUGUGGUGUUAUGUUUUUAUAUUGACUUUAUUAGAUAUCUCGCUGAACACCAAACUGACAGCCCAAGGAAAGAGCCACGGAACCGUGCAGGACCAGUGGAUGCUGAUAGAGAAAGUUCACUUCCAGGAAUAUGCCAAAGACUCUCUGCCCGUGCCGCCGGAGUCGCUGCGGCUGUCGCCGGCCGAGCUGCAGUUCGGUCGCGCGGAGCUGGCGCGGCCCGCGGCGCUCACCGUCACCAUCACCAACACCGCCAACACCACCAUGCAUCUCGCCUCCGUCGCCGGCACCACGCCCCACUUCCACGCGUCCUUCUUCGAGUCGAAGACGCUGCCGCCGCAAGCUAACACGACCUUCACCGUGGUGUUCCUGGGCCGGCGCGAGGGACUCGUCUCAGCGCACCUCUACAUUCACACCUCGCUCGGCGUCCACAAAUAUCCAGUGUCUGCCGAGGGCGUGGGCAACGAGUUCGACGUGUGGCCGAUCAUAGGCGUGCGGGUGCCGCUCAACGCCACGUUGGAGCCGCUGCUGACCAUGCGGAACCCCACCGAUCAAACUAUACAGGUGACUGAAGUAUACUCAUCAAGUGCGUGGCUGGGGCUGCAGCUGCCGGACGGCGGGCAGUCCGCGCCGCGCGACCUCUGGUUGCUGCCUCCGCACAGCACCGUGAACCUCGUACGGCUGCGGGUUACUGCGCCCGCGCACCAGCCCACACAGCGGGGCUACAUCCGGAUAAAAGCGAACAUAACGGGCGGCGGGCUAGUGGUGGCUGUGGAAGCCCGAAUGACGCCGCAGCAGGAGUUCCUGGAGCCGCUGCAGCUGCGGCUGCGGCUGCGCGGCUGUCGCGACCCGCCGCAGACGUGGGACAUCCUGGCGGGCAGCAGCUCGGGCGCGGCGAUGAGCGCGCACGCGCGCGUGUGGGGCGCGCGCUGCUCGCACGCCGCGUUCUCGGCGCGACAUCCGCUGGACGAGCCCGCGCGCCGCGCCAACGGCGCGCCCGACCUGCUCCACGGAGUGAAAUCAGAGGGCGUCCACGUGACGCUGCUGCGGACGCAGCUGGACGCUUAUCAGCCGCUCACGCCCACCGUCCGGCUCACGCUCGACUUCGGCAAAAUGUGGGACAGCUUCGUGACGGCGGAGUCGACGGAGAUGAACGGGUCGGGUGGAAAGAAACUCAGCGAGGCGUGGUGCUCGGGCUUCGUGCGCGUCGGGCGCGCCGCGCUGCCCUACAGCGUGCGCCUCGUGCCCGGCGGCCUCGUGCUGCUGCCCGCCUCCUUGCAGUUCAUAACUGCGAACAAAGAGGAGGUGAUGAAGGAGCGAGAGGUCCGAGUGCGCAACGACUACAAGAUGGCGGUGCGGCUGCUCGGGCUCGAGUACGAUCAGGAGUUGCAGGAAUUUUUCGAUAUAGAAGAGACCGCUGCGGCCCGGCUGCCGGUGGAGGGCGGACAGACCGUGGCGGUGGCGCGGCUGCGGCUGCGCCGCGCGCCGCCCGAGGACGCGCAGCUCAGCGCCGCGCUGCUCGUGCGCAGCGCUGUGGCCGCGCAUCGCCUGCCCGUGCGCCUCGCGCCCGGCAAGUUCAAACUGGAGUGGGAGUGGCCGAACAGCGCGGACGGCGUGCUGCGGCUGGGCACGCUGAGCACGUCGAGCACGCGGCGCGUCUCACUGCUGCUGCACAACACGGGCGCGGCGCCGCUCUGCGUCACCGCGCUGCACUGCGACCUGCGCGGCGGCGACCUCGCGCUCGAGCCGCACACCAACCACUCCCGCUGCGUAGAAGGCGGGCAGUACUUGCGCGCGUGGCUGGUGGUGGUGGCGCCGGCGCGGGCGGGCGCGCUCGCGGGCAGCGUCUCAGUGAGCUCGCAGCACUGCGCCGCGUCGGCGCGCGUCACGCUGCGCGCGCGCGCGGGGCUCGUGCGCGCGGGGGACAUGAUCCGGUUUAUGCAAGGCGCGCCGUACGCGCCGGCCAGCAUCCCCAUCCAGAUCCACAGCACGAUGGCCGCGCGCAUGCGCGUCACCGACGUCACCGUGCGCGACGCCGCGCUCUACGUCACCCUGGACCCGGAGGCGGAGAUCAAUGCGGGCAGCCACGUGGUGGGCACGCUGCACUACGCGCCCGAGCGCCUCUGCGCGCCCGACUGCUACACGGGGCUAGAUCUGCUCUCCGAGGAGGGCGUGGCGUGGUCGUCGCGGCUGCGGUCGAUGCCGGCGCUGGCGCGGCGCGCGGCGCUGGAGCGCGACCUGGCGCUGCUGGAGCGCCGCCUCGCCGCCGCCACCGCCGCCAUGCACAAGCACGCCAACCUCACUGUCUACGUGCACACCACUGAGGUGGUGCAGAUCCCUGUGUCGGUGUCGGUGCUGUCGAUCUGGCCGCGGCUGUGGGCGGGCCGCGCGGCGCCAGCGCUGUGCGGCGUGGGCGGCGCGCGCGCGCUGCGGCUGCUGCUGCGCAACCCCUCCUCGCGCCCGCUGCUGCUGCACGCGCGCGCGCACCACGACAUCUGGCACCAGCCCACUCUCGAGGGUUGGGAAGAGAAGCCUCAAUGUUUAGAAUGCACAUGGGCUCCGGAAGCGUUCACUCUGACCGAGUGGCAUGUGGUGAAGGGAGAGGUUCGCUUGUGGAACGAGACGAGCGAGCGAGUGGAGCGCGACGAGCGAGCGGAGCGGAACGACACGGGGCUGCCGCCGCUGCUGAUGUCGCCGGCCGCGGAGAUCGAGCUGGUCGUCAACUUCGCGCCCAAAGUCGCCGCGCCGCUCGCCGCCAAGUUUUACUUACGGAACAAUUUGACAAUAUUGGAAAGCGUGCAGGUGUGGGGCUACGGCGUGUACCCCAGCUUCGAGCUGGGCGGCCGCCGCCCCGGCCGGCACUCCUCCUUCACCUUUGAGAUCACGCAGUGCGGCGAGGCGGGGCUGGGGCAGGUGCGGCGCACGGUGGUGGCGCGCAACACGGGGCGCGUGGCGGUGGCGCUGCGCGACUGGCGGCUCAGCGGCGCCGCGUGCGCCGCGCGCGGCUUCAAGCUGUGGCCCUGCGCCGCGCUCACGCUGCAGCCCAACGAGUCGCGCGCGCUCUCGCUCGCCUUCCAGACCGACUGGACGCUGGCCAGGGUGCCCGCUGUCUUACAGGUGUGGACCGACAUGGGCGUAGCGGAGUGGUCGCUGUCGGGGCUGGUGCCGGCGCGGCUGCUGGCGGCGUGCGGCGCGCAGCAGCCGCGCGCGGGCUGGGAGGCCAGCGCGCGCGCCGGGGGCUCGCUGCUGGCGCUGCUCGCGCUCGCGCUCGUGCUCGCCGCCGCCGCGCUCGACGCCGAGCGCGAGCUGCGUCGCGCGCAGGCGCAGAGACCACAGGCGCCGGCCGCCCGCGCGCCGCUGGACCUGCGCGGCGUGGCGGCGGAGUGCCGCGCGGAGGAGCGGCCGCCCCCGCCCCCGCCCCCGCCGCCGCCGCCCCCGCCCCGCCGCAAGCGCGCGCGCCGCGCCCCCGCGCCCCUCGACCCGCAGGCGGAGAGGCGCGCCUUCGAGCGCUGGCGGGCUGAGGUGCUGGGGCGCGCGGACGACCACUCGAGCGAGGACGCGGACGCGGAGCAGGAGGCGGAGGACUCGCCGCCGCCGCCCGCGCCCGCGCCCGCGCCCGCCCCCCGCGCCUGCGCCACGCCCGACGACGACGUCGGCUCCACAGGGUCGGACUCGUCGUCCCCGGGCGAGGAGCGCGACGAGCCGGAGCCGCUGGAGGCGGCGGCGGGCGACGCGGCGCGCGCGGGGGAGGAGAGCGGAGCCCCGCGUGCGCGCGCUGCCGCCUGCGCGCCGCCUCGCGCGCCCGCGCGCGCGCCCGCCGGCGACGCUGCGCGCGCGCGCGCGCCGCCCCGACACCACGCCAGGAAGGAGAAGAGCGUGCGGAGGCGCGCGGGCGGCGAGCGCGGGGCGCGCGCGCCCAGCACGCCGGCGCGCGCGCGCGACGUGCCCGCGGACGCGCGCGCGCCCGCGGCGCUGCGGCGCGGCGCCACCUGGAGCUCCGUCGUCGCUGAAGGCGUGGCCCCCUGUAACGGCCGCCUGUCGCCGGCGCCGGCGCCGCUGGCUCCCAUCGGGUCGGACGUGCGCCGGCGGCCCGAGCGCGCGCAGCACUCGCUCUUCUACUUCAACGACGCCUCGCCCACCUGGACGCAAGACUGCAGCGUCUUCAGAGAAGAUAACCCGCUGGGCGGCUCGAGCGCCGUGGUCGCUCCGAGCGCGGGCUACGGCUCGCUGGGGUCGGUGGGGUCAGUGGGGUCAGUGGGGUCGGUGGGGUCGGUGUGGGGCGCGGGCGCGCCGCUGAGCCCGCGCGCGCCGCCCGCGUGGCUGUGGGGCGCGGCGGACCCGGUGCGGCCGCCGCCCGGCUUCAGCGACCCCGCGCGCCCCGCCCCCCGCGCCUACGACCCCUUCCGCUCGCUCGCCUCCAUCUGGGGGCCCGGCACCAUGGACUGGCGCCGCGACCCCAAGGACCCCGCGCCGCCCGAACACUGAGAGCCCCCCCCUCCCCCUCGCCCCCGGACGCGGCGCUCUAGUCUGCCCCCGCGCCGCGCCCGCCCUUUACGCGCCCUACGAGAUCGUCUGUUCAAGACUGAAUAAAACUUACAUUUCUAAAGUGAA